GGGUUACUUUUUUUUUUUAACUGAAAAUUGGAGAUUCUUUUAAAUCAGAACCCCCCACCAGGAUCUCUGUGAUCACUGGACAGAUUCCUAGAAGGGAACUUUACAAAUUAGGGAUACCCCUUUCGUUAACGAGAGGCCUUGAAACGUAUGUUGGACCAAAGGCUCUUUGAGGAAGGAUUCUUCCCAGUUCCAGGUUUGUACAAGGCUUACACAGUGGGACUGGGGUCUUCAGGGGUUGCUGUAAUAUAAAUAGUAAAAGGCAGGCUCUGACUUCUUUAGCUAUGUGCCAUACCCGAGUGCUGUUGCAAAGCACAACCAGUCCACUGGCUCUUGCUCGCAAACAUGCAACAAUGCAGCUGCCUUUUGAGGAACUUUAUGCUUGUAAGACCCAAUCUCAGCCUGUGGGCUUGGCACUGCUCUCAGGCUGCUGCAGUGCCUCAUUUUCAGGAUUUGGUGUGAUGCAGUGGGUGAAGGGAGCGUGCUUCAUAGGAGUACUCCUGGGCUCCAGAAGCCACACUUCAUCUCUGUAUCUCAAUUCACCCUUGUCUUUUUUACUUUCAAUAGAAAGCAAGCCUUGUCUUUUUGGCCUGUGAGCUCUUAGGAGCAAGAUCUUUCUGAUCCUGGGUUCGUACAGCAGUUGAGACUCGGACUUGGUGUGGGGCCUCAUGGUGUUACUGUAGUCUGCAUAAAUAAACAGAAGUGAGGCAACGCAAGGUUUGUAAAGUGAUCUGAGGUUAUCAGUUAACAUAUCUUGGCCACGGUCCUUUGACCCUCCUUGCACAGCCACAACACCCUUUAUCAUAAUUGCACAGCUUCAGGUAUUAGUAGGAUAAUAUUUAGUUAUUCAAAGGUGUAAAAAGGCCCAUAUAUACAGAAUGCAGUCUAGUACUACAGCCUGCACCCCUGACCUCCCUGCUACAGCUAACCUGACAAUUUAAUCAUUUAAUUGUCAGUGGUGUUUGAAAUUAGGUAUGUUAGACAAACCAUUAUCCUUGGUGGUUAUGUUUCUGCACUUGUUAGCUGAGAAGCUCAUGGGUGUGCCCGCUUGUCCUACUCCAAUGCAUCAGUUCCUGUUGGUAGUGGAUCUAUGGCAACCUGCUUAGUAACUAGAAAACACUGGCAGUGAAUGACUUUCCACAUCAAGCAGGAAAAGGAGCAGGAUUUCUGAAGCUGUGCUGACAAGAUUCAAUACUCUUUAUAACUGGUAGCUGGUUCUGUGGGGAAUGGAUCAGUCCUUGUUUGCAGAUCACAAGUACUGCAGCAUGAUGACAGCACACGAUAAAGUCUCAUGCACCAACUUUAUAACUCAUGGUUAUCCCUUCUCCAGUGGAUCCUUCAUCACUCAUCCUGCCUGGGUUACCAGCUCCCUUAGCCCUGUAAGGUGCUCAUGGAUCAGGCACUGUCCCUGUUUCCCUGAAACAAUAUGUAAGGGUCUCAUGGUGCUGGAAAAAUCUAUGGACUUUGCUAAUGUUCCUGUUCUGGCAAGAAGGGAGUCAGAUGGGUUUUAUUACCAAGGUACAAUAAAACAGGAGAUCAAGGAGGAGAGUGGAAUGCAUCUGAUAGAGUUUGCCAAGCCACCUGCACUGGGUGAAAAGUAUCCAGCAUACGUGCAAAAAACAUCCAAGGAUGACAUCCUUGAGUAUAGCCAUGGAAUGAGUCACUGCAUACUCCCUGGAGACAAAGUUCUGGCACCCUGGGAACCAGACAUGGUGAGAUAUGGCCCUGGCACUGUUGUACUGGGCAUUGAGACCAGGGAUCCACUGAGAGCCUCAGAGGAUGAAGAAAUUACAGUCCAUUUCUGGAAUGGCAAGGAAGUGAAAGUACCACUAGGUGUGGCCUUAUGGAUUCCACCAAAUUUGUGGGAUAGGAUUAUAGAUAUGAUCCACCUGCCCUUCACCAGCAGUUUAAAGCUUAUGGAAGCCCUCCAGAGCACUAGCUGUUGCAAUUUGUGUUGCAGACCUCUGAAAAUUCCUGUUAAUGCAUACACUUUAGAUAGGUGUACUGCAUGCAGGUGGCCAUGCACUAUCACCUGGACCCCCUUCCACUGUCAUUACCAUAGUACGUGCUGUUCACUGGCACAUGCGCAAUGCAUCUGCUACCACCAUCCCAAAGUCAGUACCGGGUGGCUUGUACCAUCCAAGUCUCCACUACUUCUGAGAGACACUGAACAAAAACAGCCCGACAACAGUAUCAGUAUGAAACUUUUGGAAUUGGAAGCUCCAAAAGAAGAAGAAUCAGCAGUUGUUGGUGCUGAUGCUGGUGCUGCUGCCUCCUCCUCUAGCUCCUCUGAUUCAGAAAGUGACUCAGAGAUGUACUUAACUAAGAGCACGAUGGUGGACAGUGCUGUUAACACAGAUUCUAGCCUUUUCGAAAAGUCCAUGUUGAAAGAUGCUGUGAAACCUCAGUGGAGAUACUGGAAGAGAAGCCACCCCAAGUCACUUCCCCGGAGUCCAGGAAUCUGUGUUCCUAGCAAUACAUGGGCAAAGGACAAAUUGAAAUCCAAAACUAUUUGUCUGGAGGCGUCACCUAUUGCAGCGAUCAACCAUAGUGCAAUGUUUCAAACUACUGAACAGUCUCCUCGAAGACAACUCACAAUGAAGAAAGCCUUAAUCCACCAGAACUUCAAACCAUCAUUGGGGGCCAUCCCUCCUUUAGAGAAAUCUGGAGAAAAUCAACACUGCAAGAGCACAUGCACAGACCAGCAAAGGAAGCAGCAAGUCCUGCAGCAGAAAGAGGAAUGUGAAAGGGAAUGUCAGGCUGAACACAGAUGCCACACUGCAUUGGAAAUCAGUGGGUACAUUACACAGGUUAUAUAUCUGAGGCCAGCUAUUUUCUCCUCUGGACCUUCUGAUACCCGAGUAAAGCACAUGAUAAACUGUACAUGCUAAACUUACAAGGUGUUUAUUUGCCAAAGACCUGUUCUGCACACACUAGUGUGCACUUUUUAAAAAGAACCCAGUAGUUGUACUUACUGGGCAUUUUUCCUAUUUCCAACAUUUCUAGUUUAAUCAAUCAAAUAUAUACAAUAUAUAUAUAUUAUCUGUAUCAGGGCACUGAGGCAGCCCAUGAGGCUGCUUGCAGGUGGCAGGGGAGAGCUAAUGAGGGACCUGAUUGGAAGAGGGCUCAGGCUGGAGCUAUGUAAGCCCAAAGCCUGCACUGAUCAGGCAGUCUUGCCUCAGCAACCACAAAGUGAGGAGCUCCUGGCUGCAGGGCUCCUAAGGGACCUGGAUUUUUUUGAAUGACUUUGCGAGCUUGGGAAUAGAGGCAAAUUCCCUGGGGUGAAAAGGACUGGGCUUUUACAGGCAAGUGGCCUUUGUUUAUGUUAAGCUCCUGGAGGGUUUGAAGUUUCUGCCAGAGGGCUGAGAUGCUUCUUAUUUAUUUAAGUUACACUGAGAGUUUAGCCUUGAGCCGGGUGGUGGCCAGGCUCAAAGCCUAUUUAGAGAGCCGGUAAUCCAGGUGCCAACAGACUGAGAGUGAGGCCAAGUAAGGGGUCUAGCAGCUUAGGAAAGGCUUAGACCCAGACCAGAGGGUCCAUGAGCCCCAAGCAGGCUAAGCUGGACUAGAGGGGCUGAGAGCCCAGAGGAGAGGGCUGCAUGCAGGACCAGGGGUCUGAGAGCCUGGAGGGGCUGUGUGCAGGACCAGAGGUCCAAGAGCUCAGAGGGAGACUGUGUAGGGGGUCAGGGGUUUGAGUGUAAAAGUAGUUAGUGUCAAAGAGAGAGAACACCCAUGAGGCUUGGGGCACGAUGUAGGGGAGAAAACAGAGCCACGCAUUGAGCCCUUAAGGCUGCGGCUGCCUUAGAGGGGCAUAGAUACACAUAUAGCCCUUGAAGCUACAGAGGCCCUGCAGGUGCACAGGCCAGCCAAGAGGGGCUAUUGAGCUUAAGGGUCAAAUCAAGGCAGUUGAGGGUCCAGGAGGGACCCAGUGGUACUAAAAGUGGACUAAGGGCUGUGGGCAGCCUUCCUUGUUUAGCCUCUAGUAAGAUCAAGGCAUGGCAUGUGAGUAAUUAAGUGAGGGCUGUAGUAGAGGUUGAGCCAGGCACAGAUCACACAGCCACCAGGGGGAUUCACAGCCACUCCUGGGGUACAAACCUGCCACAUUAUGUUCUUUCAUAACUGAUGUAAUUGCACAGAAAAACUGUUGUUUUUAGAUCUGAUACAAGUGCUGAACUCCUAGCAUGCCAUACAUUAGUGGCUAAUGGUAGAUCAUAUCAUAUAUACCUCUACCAAUUCUAGACAAAGUGACUGAAGAGCAAACAGGCAGAUGGACGGGACUUGAACAUAAACUCCUGCAUGAUGCAUAAGUUUUGCUGCAUCAGUACUUCAAGCUUUGGAAGUUGGACCUCAUGUUCAUAAAGACUAGAAAGUAUCUACAUGAAGAGACUUCCCUCAUUUGUGGAUGAGUGUGCUAUUACUCACAGCACUGGUGGCAGUAACAGAAAGCACACUUAAACUCCAGAUGAUUAACGAUUAAAAGGACAGCCCCCCAAAUAUUGGAGUGUUGUGGAUGCAAGUCAGUGUGACUGUUCCCUCCGCGAAAGGCAGCUGAAGCACAGUUCUGCCUUGUAGUUAAAGGUACCAGCUAAAGAGCCUGUGUUCUUUAAAAAUAUACAACUGUAAGGAACUAGAACUUUAAAGGUAGGAUUUUCAAAUGCAUUAAGUGUUAUAUUAACUUUUAUACAUCAAAAGGUAAUAAACAAACAAUCUCACGCUGA